CUGUCACCUCUAUCUCUUCUCUCUCUGGUCAUCAACUACAAGUCAAAGAGCAAACACUUCCUGGUUGUUGGGUAGCAUUUUUUUUGGUAAGAGGAUUAAUAUCGACUCCAGUUGUAGGAAAUUUGCAUAUAUUUCAUUCCCACCUAGGCUUUGCAUAUUCUCUCUCUCUCUCUCUCUCUCUCUCUCUCUCUAACUGAAAACAAUGGACAAACGCCCCAAGAAGCAACCCAAAAUCACCACUACUUCUGAGUCAGAAGAAGUAAGCAGUAAGGAGUGGGAUUUCAGAAACAUGACAGAACAAGAAGAAGAUCUCAUCUACAGAAUGUAUACACUCGUCGGAGAGAGAUGGGAUCUAAUAGCGGGUCGAAUUCCGGGUCGAAAACCAGAAGAAAUUGAGCGGUUUUGGAUUAUGAAACACACCAUGAAGGGUUUACCCCAAGAAGAAAAUAGUCCAAUUAAGAAAGAGCAUUCAUAAAAAAGUUUUUCCUGAAAAUGGUUGUCAAAAUUUAUAAUAUUUUGUUAGUUGUAUGAUUGUGUUUAAGAUUGCUAUCUGAAGUGUAUUAGAAACGAGCGACAAAAAAUUUGAGGGAUGAAUUAGAAUUUUCAAUCU